AUGCCUUUUAAAAAGAUUAAUAUCCGCAAUAGUUUACGACGUUUUGGCCAACGGCGUAAAAAUGACAGUGAAAAUUGCAGCCCUCCAGAUGCCAAUGGACGACGUGACAGCAUUAAUCCACCUGAAGAGAAUUAUUUCGCCAUUUAUGUUCAUAUGUUAAACGAUGAAAUUUGCAAAUUCGAAAUUGAGAAUAAUGCCACUGGUCAUCACUGCAUGGCUAAAGUAGCUGAAUCUUUGGAGUUAGAAGAACUCGUUUUUCUCCACUUACUUUCCAAUAUCAAUGACUCAAAAGUCCAAAAUACCUUAUCAUGGUGGUGCUGUAUUAUCCAACGUUAUCAUCGAUAA